GAAAACAAACAAAUCGAGAGGAAAAAGAAAAAGUUUGGACCCGGGGAAGAAACGGCGAGCGCAAGGUGGGAUUGUGUGACGUCGGUUGGAUCGCAAUCGAGGUUUCGUUCUCUUUUCACUUCUCUCCUCUCAGAUCUGUGCGCACCUGAUUCCUCUACGAUUCGGUCGUCUUGUCCGGUGUAUGGAGGUGGGGGAAAUUCCUCGAUCCUGCGUGUCGUGGAUACCUGAAUUCUAGUGUUGAUUGAGAAGCCGGAUUUUGGGAUACGGUUGGAGAUCCGCUAGGGUUCUGUAUGCAAUUUUCUCUCGAAUUGAAGCUGCAGUCACGGACUUUGAUCUUCUGUUAGCUUGUUUUUUCGUAGGUUUGAUUCGGUAAGGGAUAAUUCGGCUGGAACUAAGUCGGUUGUUCGGUGGAUCAGGAAAAUUGCUCUGCCAGCGGUAGGAGAAAAAAGGAGCGAACUUUACUUCGAUAGCUUUGCUUUGUCGAGGAUCAAAUGGCAUCUUCCUCUCCUUCUCAUGUGGUAGAUCAGACUGACGACGACCAUGAUUUCUUCAAUAAUCUAGUGGAUGGAGAUUUUGGUGGGAAUGGAUCUCAUAUUCGUUCCAAAGAAAUCGCGAGAGAUUUAUCUAACCUCAGUCUUGAUGAUACUGGUACGUUUGUGGAUGAUCCUGAUGAUGCUGGAUUAAUUUCAGAAUCAAAUGGUCCACAAAAAAGUGAAACAUUGCAGCUUGCAGGUUAUCCAGAAGAUUAUUUGGCUUCUCAUGAUAGUCCCACUGUGAAUUAUUCACCAGACAAGGUAGCCACAUCAGAAAGUUCUUCUGCGAGCAUUCUUGAGACUGCAAUGCAAAGCACAUCGCCAACUAAUAAUGCUGGAUCUAGGGGAACGUGUAUAAAGCAGGUUCAGUGGAGUGCCUUCAGUCUUGGCACACAACAGUCUGACAAUGUUGGGUUGGAAACUUCUUCAGAUUUCUUUGUUGAGAAUGUCAAUCCAUCUGACAAAUUGAAUUCAAAUGCUGAUUUUAAUUUUCUCCAUGUGGAAAAUCAAGUUAAAAACGUGGACACACACACAAAUUCCCAGAAUAAUCAAGAGUCACAGCUUUUCAGUUCAGUUAUUGAUCAGAACACAGGUGGUGUAGAUGCACAAUACUGGGAGAGACUUUACCCUGGUUGGAAGUAUGAUUCAAUCACUGGGCAAUGGUAUCAGUUGGAUGGCUAUAAUGAAAACGUAAUUACACAAGAUAACUAUACUUCAGGAGUAGUUUCACAGGGAAAUUUUAAUGACAAUGCAGAAGCUGCUGCUAACUUGGGUAGUUCAGAAGAUCUAUAUCUUCAGCAGAUUUCGCAGUCAGCCCUGGAGACCAUAGCUGAAGAAAGUACAUCAGCUAAUACUGCUACAACUUACAAUUGGAACAUUGUUUAUCAGGAGAACAUGGAAUUUCCUCCUAAUAUGGUCUUUGAUCCUCAGUAUCCAGGGUGGUAUUAUGAUACCAACACCCAACAGUGGUAUACCCUGGAGUCAUACACUCAGACUACAAAAAUACCAAAUGUAGUUCAGAAUGAGGCUAUUGCUUCAGCUGGCUUCUCAGAAGGGAGCUAUAGUGUAUAUGAUGAAGUUGGUCGACCUGAUCAAAGGACUGAUAUAUCCCUAGGGAGCCAAGAGUUUUGGCACGGGGCUGAUCUAUCAAGCAGCUACUCUCAUCAGCAGAACAUGCUGCAGGCGAAACAAAUUAGUGAAAAUAGAUUUUCUCAUAACCAGCAGAUGCAGAGCUUUUAUAAACCAAGCACUGCUACAAUAACUCGUGCAGAUAAUGACACGGCUCUUCAGACAUUCAAACCAAUGGUGAAUCAUGGUUUUGGCUUGACCAAUGGGGCAAUUAUGCAAUACAACUCUGCCAAUGAAGAAAGUACACAUCCAGUUUAUCUUCAAAAUCUGCCACAUAGUAUGCAACAAAGUAUAUCCAACAGCUUUUUAGGCAAUCAUAACUCAGUUGACUUUCGACAGCCUUCAUUUCAAGAUACAAAGGAUUCUUAUUCCAUGUUUUCUCAUGCUCCUGAUGAAGGCAGAUCAUCAGCUGGGCGUCCUGCACAUGCUUUGGUUUCUUUUGGGUUUGGUGGGAAGCUUGUAGUUACUAAAAAUAGCAACUCUUCUCGAACAAAUUUAGACUAUGGAAUUCAGGAAUAUCCUGCUGGUGCAAUCUCUAUUCUUAACUUAUCUGAGGUUGUGAAGAAUGAACUUGAUGCGUCCAAUUUUGUUUCUGGCACCGUGUUGGAUUACUUCCAUUCUUUGUACAAGCAAAAAUUUCCCGGUCCCCUUGUUGGAGGGAGUGCUUCUACAAAGGAUAUAAAUAAAUGGUUAGAUGAGAGAAUCUUGAGCUAUGAUGGUCCUGUUAUGGAAUUCCACAAAGGGAAAUUUUUGAAGUUGCUUCUUUCAUUGCUCCGAAUAUCAUUGCAGCAUUAUGGCAAACUUCGAUCUCCUUUUGGAUCUGAUCUAUCACUAGAGGAUUUAAAUGGUCCAGAAGAGGCAGUAUGUAAACUUUUUGCUUCCUCUAAAAUUAGUAGUCCUUUUGGAGGUUAUGGUUCCUAUGCUCAUUGUUUGAAUAAUAUUCCACCAGAAAGUCAACUUCAGGCAACUGCCGCUAGGGUACAAAGCCUUCUUGUUUCUGGUAAAAGGAAGGAGGCUCUCCAAUCUGCACAAGUAGGUCAGUUGUGGGGCCUUGCUCUUGUUCUUGCUGCACAGCUUGGAGACAAGUUUUAUGUUGACACAGUGAAGAAGAUGGCACAACAUCAAUUUGCAUUUGGUUCACCUUUACGAUCACUAUGUCUUCUUAUUGCUGGGCAGCCUGCAGAUGUAUUUUCUGCAGACAACGCAGUUAAUUUCUUAUCUAUGGCUUUACCUAUACAGUCGGCAGAGGUUAAAUCCAGUGGUAUGUUGGAUGAGUGGCAAGAAAAUUUAGCAAUUGUAACUGCAAACAGAACAAAAGAUGAUGAAUUGGUAAUUAUUCAUCUUGGGGAUUGUCUGUGGAAAGACAAAGGAGAGGUAACUGCUGCUCACACUUGUUACUUGGUUGCUGAAGCAAAUAUUGAACCAUAUUCGGACAGUGCAAGACUCUGUCUUAUUGGUGCAGAUCACUUGAAGUAUCCAAGGACAUAUGCUUCAGCUGAUGCUAUUCAGCGAACAGAACUUUAUGAAUAUUCAAAGGUGCAAGGAAAUUCCCAGUUUAUCCUACUACCUUUCCAGCCAUACAAGAUAAUUUAUGCCCACAUGCUCGCUGAAGUUGGGAAGAUCCCUGAUUCAUUGAAGUACUGUCAAUCUGCUUCAAAAUUGCUGAAGAGUUCUGCUCGUACUUCCGAGCUUGAAAUUUGGAAGUCAGUGUUAUCCUCUUUAGAGGAUAGACUGCGUAUUCACCAACAGGGUGGUUAUGGUUCAAGCUUGGCUCCUGGGAAUCUAGUUGGAAAGUUGUUUACCACCUUUGAUAGAUCUAUUCAUCGCAUGAUUGGUGCACCAGCAGCACCUCUUCCACCAUUGCCACCGGGGAAUGUAAAUGAUAAAGAAACAUCAUAUUCAGUUGCCCCUAAAGUAUCAAAUAGCCAGUCAACAAUGGCUAUGGAAACAUCAUAUUCUUUAGUUCCAUCAGCAUCAGUGGAGACCAUGACUGAAUGGUCAAGUAAUAAUACUAGUAAAAUUAGGCAUAAUAGAAGUGUUUCAGAACCUGUGUUUGGACAAAUCCCAAAACAGGAUUCGAGCUCAGACGGUGCACAGAGCAAGGCAACAUCUGGUGGCUCGCGCUUUGGACGCAUUGGCUCACAACUUCUACAGAAAACCAUGGGAUGGGUGUCGAGAUCACAUCAACAGGCAAAACUGGGCGAAAGGAACAAGUUCUAUUACGAUGAAAAGCUUAAGAGAUGGGUGGAGGAAGGAGCUGAUCCUCCGGCAGAGGAAGCUGCCCUUCCCCCACCUCCAACAGCAAAAUCAUUCCAGAAUGGUAUGCUGGAUUACAAGAUCAGUAAUACUUUCAAGAGUGAAAGCAUCAUCGAUGAUACUUUCAAGCCAGUAAGUGUUGGCGAUAAGGAAGGACCAGCAGCUGAACCUUUGGCUCCAUCGAAACAGAAAUCUGCAAUACCACCAAUUCCACCCAGCCAAAAUCAGUUCUCAGCACACGGCAAAGUGGGCAUUCGGUCCAGAUAUGUGGAUACAUUCAACAAGGGCAGCGGCGGCGGUGGCCCCUUCACAAAACCUUUCCAGUCACCUGCACUUCCGUCAACAAAACCAUUGGUCAGCACAAAGUUUUUCAUGCCCGCCUCACCACCAUCCAACGAGGAAAGGCCGACUGAUACAGCAAGCGAAAGCAACCAAGAUUCCACUAGUACCACUGGCGAAGAUCCACCUGUGACAAGAGAAGCAUCCUUUUCCCCACCAGCUUCAUCCUCCAUUCCUUCCACUGGCGAAGAUCCACCUGAAUCUGCAACGAGAGCAGCAUCCUUUUCCCCACCAGCUUCAUCCUCCAUUCCCCGGUUCCUGAGCUCGAGCAGCAUUGCACAUCUUGGGAACACAGACUCUGGAGCUGCUUCUUCCUUGGCCAUAUCGAGAGCCACAUCCUGGAGUGGGAAUUAUGAGCUACUCAAUCAAACUACAACAGGCAGGAGGCCAUGGCAGGGUCCUACAAUGUUCUCACCCACUCGCAGUAUGCCAGCCAGCCCAAUUGGCAGCUCAUCAACCUUGCAGCAGAAUGAUGCUUCUCUCUCGGACGACCUACAACAGAUUGAACUCUGAUCCAUCGCUGCAUGAGCAUGAGUUUCCCAUCAAACCUACAUGAUGUUGGUGUUGGAUUACGAGGAGGGCGCUAACCAGAAAUCUAUCGUCGCAACAACUACAGUCUUUCUAAACUUCUGAGGCCAGGGAGGCCUUAAUGUCAUACAUAUAGUGGCAUCCUUCUACAUGGAAGCAUGUGGGCGCCAUGUACAGAUGAUUUGUUGAUUUAUCGAUCUCAUACGGUUUUUGCAUAAGAGAAAUAUAUGAACAAAAAGGCGGUUGAUCUUUUCUUUUUU